AUGGCCACCCUCGCUGCUCAGCUUGACAACCUCGCCGACGGUGUCAAGCAGAACGCCCCUGCUCCCAUCGCCGCCACCAUCGGCGAGUCCAUCGCCAACCUCAAGAAAACCUUUGACCACAGCGCCGUCAUCAAGCCCGGCACCCCCCUCCCCAGCUUCAAGCUGCCCAACGCCCUCGGCAAGGACAUCACUAGCGAGGAGCUCCUCGCCAAGGGCCCCAUCCUCAUCACCUUCUACCGCGGCGACUGGUGCCCUUUCUGCAACCUCGCCCUCCGCUCUCUGCAGCAGCACCUGGACCAGUUCAAGGCCAAGGGCGUCACCGUCGUCGCCAUUUCUCCCGAGCUGCCCAACACCUCUCUGACCACCACGGAGAAGAACGAGCUCAAGUUUGAGGUCCUGUCCGAUGUUGGCAACAAGUUCGCCCGCCAGCUUGGCAUCUGCUGGGAGCAGCCCGAGUCCGUCAAGCCUGUCUUUGAGGCCUUCUCCAUCGACUUGAAGGGCCGCAACGGCGAUGAGUCUUUCGCUCUGCCCGUUCCCACGACUCUUCUUGUUGACUCCAAGGGAGUUGUCCGCAACAUCCACACCGACCCCGACUACAUGAAGCGACUGGAGCCUACCACCGCUCUUGAGUGGAUUGAUGCUCUGUAA